CUGGCUCUAGCGAUUGCUCAAAGUGGCUAUGAGUACAAUAAACCAAGCAGGCCGUUUGGGUCAACCACACCAUCUAGCAGACCUGGCUUCAAGCCUGGGCAGACAGCUGGUUAUCCCGGUUCAUCUUACCCAACAACUUCGCAAAAUGGAGAGUAUACACCUGGAGGCUUAGGGACUACUCCGAAUUACCCAGGUUUUAAUCGGCCUCAGACUGGCUAUCCUGGGCAAACGACGGGCGGUCCUACCGGCCCUAUAGCUGGUCCGGGAGGAAAUUAUCCCGGCCAAGGUGGGAAAUAUCCCGACCAAAGCGGUAACUACCCAGGACAAGGUGGUAGCUAUCCAGGUCAAGGUGGUAAUUACCCCGGGCAAGGUGGUAACUACCCUGGACAGGGUGGAAACUUACCUGGUCAAGGCAGCAACAUCCCUGGACAAGGUAGCAACUACCCUGGUCAAGGCAGCAACUACCCUGGUCAAGGCAGCAACUACCCUGGUCAAGGCAGCAACAUCCCUGGACAAGGUAGCAACUACCCUGGUCAAGGCAGCAACUACCCUGGACAAGGAAGCAACUACCCUGGACAAGGAAGCAACUACCCUGGACAAGGAAGCAACUACCCUGGUCAAGGCAGUAACUAUCCUGGACAAGGACAAACACCUGGAUUUGGACCAGUAGGUCCUGGUUUUGAUAACUCUGGUGCCUAUGAUAAUGGUGACUAUUCUGCUAUUCCUGGAGAACCGGACAAGGACUACCCCAUACUAUCAACUAUCCCAGAAACAUCUUUCAGAUGCGAUGCUCAGCCCUACCCUGGUUAUUAUGCUGACAUAGAAACUCGCUGUCAAGUUUUCCAUGUAUGCUCAAAUAAUAUUACCUAUGACUUCCUAUGCCCGAAUGGUACCAUUUUCUCACAAGAAUACUUUGUUUGUGUUUGGUGGAAUCAAUUUGACUGCAAUUCAGCUCCAAGCUUCUUUGAACUUAACGCAAACUUAUAUGAUUAUUCAAUUAUCGGUUCUCAACUGCCUGGCUUCCCACAAGGACCCCAGCAACCUAAUGGAUUUCCUCAAGGACCCGGUUCAUAUCCUCAAGGACCCCAGCCAUCAGGUGGCUUUCCUCAAAGACCUCAACAACCAGGUGGUUACCCUCAAGGGCCACAACAGCCUGGAAGUUUUCCAAGCACAUUAGGCCCACAAGGACCAUCUUAUCCAUCAAAUGGUGGACCUUCGACAAUUUAUCCCGGAAGCACAGGACAGUCAACAGGAUUUCCAAGUGGCCCUAAUCAAGGUUCUUCAACAGGUUUUCCGGGUAGUGUGAGUCCCCAAGGCCCAAGUUCUUACCCAGGCUCGCAGCAACCAGGCUUCUACCCAGGUGGAUCUACCCCACAAGGUCCCUCUGGAUAUCCAGGCAGCUACACAACACCAAGCUCCGGACCUGUUUAUCCAGGUUCGAGGCCAGGAAGUAAUCAAGGAUAUCCAUCAGACAAACCAUCUGGUCCUAGUUUCCCCACAGGAACUACAAGACCCCAACCCUCCGGUGAUGGAAAUUAUCCGUCUCCACAACCGAACAGAGAAUACCUACCGCCAAGAAAUUAA